GCAUACAGGGAACUGACUACACAGCAAUGCGGACGAAGAAGGGCAAAAACGAGUGGAAUAGUCCGUUUUUCUGGAACAACCCGGCAGGUCGGGGCUUUGCUUGGUCUUGAGACAUGAUUUAGCAGGGAUUACGCCUCCCAAACCACACAGAAAAGGACAUUAACUGGCUUGGAAGCAGCUCCGGGGCGGAUAUUUUCCCGACAAAACCCUUUCCCACAUUCGUAUUCCGAGCCCCGGUCGUGGGGGAACAGUCAGCUAAAAGAAUGAUUGCUUGAAUAUUUUUAUACUAUCUUGUAGCAUUUUUUUGCCAGCACCGCUUCCCAUUUUAACAGACUCGCUAUGGUGGACUCCCCUACCAUGAGGAAGACUUUUGUGGUCCCCGACAUAAAGCCAUUGGAUUUGUAUGACUGUACUAAAGCAAAAAUAUGCGCAAGUGUCGGAUGGCUAUUGGCAAAGUCCUACGGCAGUGCAGAAAAUGUCCCUGCAGAGCUGCGUGACCCUUUCUACUGUGACCAGUAUGAGCAGGAGCACCUUAAACCACCAGUCACACGCCUCCUGCAGUCCUCUGAGCUCUACUGCCGGACCUACAGUCUAUUACUGGGGGGCACCCGAGCCGAGGCACAGCCCAAAGACAACGUCGCCCUGCUGCAGCUCCUCACUCAAAGAGGCGUUUUCUCCAAAGACCAGGACACACCAGUGACUGAUGCAGACCUCCGACAUAAACCCAUCAAAAUGAGUGCUCACCUGGCACUGAUAGAUGCCCUGAUGGCCGUGGGAGCCAUGGAGACGGUGACUGCGGUGAAGACAUGUGGUUCUGCCGAGCUACUGGGUGGAGCCUCCAGCUGGCAAGAAGCUCUGCUUCAUUGGGUUAACGGGUUAAACCAGAAGUUAAGAGAACAAACUGAAGGAGACCAGAAUGACACGUCUCAGGCAAUUACAGAGCCCCAACCUGUUCAACCCUCAUGUCCUACUCGCUGGUACUGGAAACUUGUUCCUCUCCGGUACAGAAAGGAUAAAAUACAGUCCAAACAAAAGCCCGUCUUUCCCCUGGUGAAUGAAGUCAAAGACCUGUCAAGUGGUUGUGCUGUUGCUGCAGUCAUACAUUACUAUUGCCCUGGCCUGCUAAGACUUGAAGAUGUUUGCAUGAAGGAGUCCAUGACUGUAGCAGACAGCCUGUAUAACCUACAGUUCAUCCGUGAAUUCUGCGAUAGCUGUCUGAAGAGCUGCUGCCAAUUGGCACUGGAGGACAUGCUCUACACCCCACAGGAGCUUCAGCUCAACUUGCUGAGCUUCCUAGCAGAACUGCUUAGCUGGUUUGAAGUACGAAGGCCAGAAUUUGUACAGCCAAUAGACACAUUGGAUGGAUCCACACCAGUAACACCCAGUAGCUUGAGUGGCAACAGUACCUCCCCUUCUAUUUUCAAGAAGCCUUUCCUCCCCAUCUCUUCUCCUGCGUCAGGAUCUUUGACUCAGUCUACCUCAAUGUCUCAUAUAGAAGGAGUGGGAAAGACAUGGAGCAAGAAACCUCUCAGCCGCCCCUUGUCAGCAGUGUCUUUCAGCAUUCCUUUUGGCCUGGAUAGUGAUGUGGACAUUGUGAUGGGCAACCCUGUCAUAACCCGCUCUGUGAGCUCAGACCAACUUAACCCAGCAGGCCAAAACAUGACUCGGGUGCCGUACAGCCCUCCUGAAGACCUCAGUCAUUUGCUGAGCAAACCUCCUGGCCCCAACGGUCCGCAGAGAGCUUCUUGGGCCACCCAGAGCCCCAGUAUUCCAAGGCUGGCAGAGGAGAACGGCCUUGCAGCAAGUGAAGCAGGAGAACUGCCCACUAUUGAAGAGGCUCUUCAAAUCAUCCACAACGAGAGCAAGAUGGAGCCCCGUUUACACCCUGAUGGUGCUCCUGAUGGCUUCUACCUCCACUCACCUGAUGACCCUGCUAGUUCUAGACAUAACAACUUGGCACCCAUCAGCUGCUCUGCCCCUACACGCUCAGGAAUGAUGUACCGGCCCUCAGGAGAGUCCAAGGAGCCCACUCGCACCAGAAACGCCUCUGAAUGUUCACGAGAUGAUGACUCGGUCUUGAGAGAUGGCAGUGUGGACUCUGAUGCAUCAGAAGAUCUGCCUAAGGCCCAGUCCACACCCAACACACCAGCUGCUGGUGCACACCAUGUCAAAGAGGCGUCUGAUAGUGGUGUGAAGAUGACCAGCUUUGCAGAACGCAAAAAGAAGAUUCUGGAUUCUCCCAAAACCAGCCACCCCUCUCCUCCUUCUGAGAUGACCACUUGGGCACAAAAGUCUGAAGAAAGCCCCAACAAGAGCCCACAACUCAAUAAUGAGAUGUCUGAGCUGGGAACUCGGCUUGAAGAAAAGCGCAAGGCUAUUGAAGCCCAGAAGAAACGCAUUGAAGCCAUUUUUGCAAAGCACCGGCAAAGACUGGGGAAAAGUGCCUUUUUGCAGCUAAAGAAGGAGCAGCGUGAAGGGGAGGGUGAAGGAGGGGAUGGCCAGGUCAGCACCUCAUCCACAGAAGAAGACCUCUCUCGCUUGACACUGGAAGAAAGGCUAGCUCGAAUGGAGGAGGAAGAGCAGCAGGAACAAGAUGAACAGCGCCCCUCAGUGGAGGAUGAGGGUAAUGUCAAAGGAGGACUUCAGCUCAACAAACAGAUCAGUCACUCCAAAGAACAAGCGGGUACUCCAGGAGAGAAGGGCUCUGGGACUCCUGGUGAGAAAAUGGUAGCCCCACUAGGGGACUAUAACAAUGCUGUAUCAAAGUUGACUGCAGCUCUUAGCUCUCUGCAAAGUGACAUGCAGCGGCUGACUGAGCAGCAGAACCAGCUAAUCAAAAAGAAAGCUGCACCUUCCAGCAACAAAUCCUGGGUUAUUCCAGCCAGCCCUAAAACCUCUACCCCAGCUCCCACUGCGCGCAUGUCACGGGAAUCUACCAGAGAUUUAAAUUCGGCCUCGUCCUCUCCAUCUCCAUCCCGCAGAAUCACAAACCACACAACUCCUCCUAAAUCCCCUAAAGUCCAUCGUAGAGCCCAAUCUGUGCCCCCUAAAAGUCCCAAACACACCCAACACAGUCGUUCCUCGUCAAGGGUCAUCACUGCACCUCAAAGCGUGGAUCGCAUCCCCCACCUUCGUCGUGUAAAUCCCUGGCAAUCUCAAGACCAGACUUUGUCGUCAUUCUCCAUUGGUGACACUGACAGCCCAGAUGGGCUGCGCUCAUCUGGACCAACUCCUGUUCCUACGCCGACACUGACUCCUGCACCAACUCCUACCCCGACUCCCCGUCCUCUAGCAGAUGACGCAAUGUCAGAGGUAGGCUCCAUUGACGAUCAAAGUAUAUUUAGCAUGGACCUGGAGCCCGGGCCUUCGCAUGGUCCUUUGGGUAAGAGGGAAGGACUUGCACAUGGGGGCUGCAGCUCUGGUGCACCAUCAGAGUGCUCCUUCGAGAGUGAUGUCCCUGCAGGGAUGUUGAACGGCAAACGCAGUAGCCUGAUCGAGAUCCCGCUGUCUGCUCUGCAAGGAGAUGGUGAGGAGGACGACCAAGUACCUGACGCUUUCUCUGACUCGAUGAGUGACCGGACAGAGCCCGAGGCGAAAGCAGGGGUUGGUUUCUUUUUCAAGGAUGACAAGGAGCGAACAGAGGAUGAGAUGGCGCAGCGAAGAGCGGCUUUGCUGGAGAAACAACAGAAGAGAGCAGAAGAGAUGAAAAGACGAAAACUUGAGCAGGAAAAAGAGAAAGAAUCGAACAAGCCUCAGUGGAUGAUCAUUGAGGGCUGGGGAAAUAAGGGUGAGGACAGACCACAGACUCCUGGCACCCCUCCAGCAUCACGCACUCCACCAGUCGAGGGGACUCCCCAGCGUAGAGGGGACUUCACUCGGCAGGAGUAUGAAAGGAGACAUCAGCUGAAGAUCAUGGAAGAUUUGGACAAGGUGCUGAGGCAGAAACCCACCACGGUUCGCGGUGUCAAGAAGCAGAGACCCAAGACUGUGUUCAGAGAUGACUCCGUCCUCUCUCAUAGCCCUGCCAAGGGUUUCAUGGGCACCAGGCUGAACAAGGUGUACUCUCACUCAACCAUGAACCUGUCCUCCAUGGCUAAUGACUCUGGAGGCCUGUCUGUCAGGAAAUCUCCCAGCCGUUCACACUCUCCUUCCCGGCUAAUGUCACCAGGACGGAUGAGUGGUCACAACGGAGAGAAGGACUGGGAGAACGGCUCCACUAUUUCUUCUCCUGCCUCAAUCCCAGAAUAUACAGGACCAAAGCUGUACAAAGAGCCUAGCUUUAAGUCCAACAAGUUCAUCAUCCAUAAUGCUAUCACCCGCUGCUGCCUGGCCGGCAAGGUCAACGAACCACAGAAAAACAAGAUUGUAGAGGAAAUGGAAUCGAGCUCGGCCAACCACUUCCUCAUCCUCUUCAGAGAUGCCAGCUGCCAGUUCAGAGCGGUUUACACCAUGAAUCCUGAAACUGAAGAGAUGGGAAGACUCACUGGCAUUGGCCCCCGGGUCAUCUCACCUGAGAUGGUUGAGUCCAUUUACAAGUACAGCUCUGAUCGCAAGCAGUUCACUGUCAUCCCGUCCAAAACUAUGUCCAUGAGUGUUGAUGCCUUCACCAUCCCUGGUCACUUUUGGCAAAAGCGGCCAGGAACUCCCAAGAAGCUUGGAACACCCAAAUAAUGUCGGCUAGAUGGAUAGAGAUGUUACCAUUCAGGGAACCAACUCCCAACUUGACUCCUUAAGCCCUCUAUUUUGGCCAGUGAGGCACUUGAGAUUGUGCAUUACCCAGUUAAACUAGCAGUGGACAGCAUGACUGAUGAGGCUUUUGGCUAGCUAUCAGCCUGGACCCCAAGAACAAUCCAGUCGACUCUCCACACCAAGAGAAAGGGCCAAUCACUCACUCAUACAGCCAAUGUAGUUACAAUAGUUUCUCUCUUGGGGGCUUCUGGUUGACUCUGCCUCGUCUACCUAGAUUGUAAAAUGUAUUGCGAAUGAUUCUGUUGGGAUAAAGAAUUCUCUUUCCUUUGCUCCCUGUCCCCUCAUGCCUUGCCUUACCCUGCCCCUGGAGUCAUUUUUGCAGCUCUUAGGUAAGAAAAAGGGGGGACAACCACACUGCCUUUGCCCGCACAACAGUAUUUUGGGCCAGAGUAGUUCCCGCCCCUCUCAGUUCUGCUUGCUUUUCCUUUUGCUGCCUUUUCUUCUUCUUCUUCUUCUUCCAGAGCUCACUCUCUCUCCAGUCUACUGGGAUGAGUGGCUCAACUCUCAGUAAUAGGAGAUCUUAGCUGAAAAUAACUAGCAGGUAACGCUGCUCUCAUAUGAAUGUAGGGCGCACACUAACCACUCAUUCCAUUCAAGGGUGUUUUCACCGGUUGGCUUAGGACCAGAAAAUACCAUAGUGGACGGUUCCUCUGUGGGCUGCACUGGUAGUGGCUACUGUGGUUGUCAAUGGACUGCACACCUAGACACUGCCUGUGCCCCUAUAGUUGGCGCAAUCCACUCCAUUCCAACUCCUUCAGCUGUAGACAUGUGGAUGUUUUUUUAUACUAUUUUGACAUGUUUUUGCUGGACAAAUCGCUUCAGCCUUUGAGAGCUGAAAAAAGAAUGACAUUCAUGUGACUUUUUUCUCUUAACUUGCUUUCUCAUUUUCAACAUGUGAUGGCUUGAAAUGUUAACUGAGCUUAUCUUGAAAAACAAUACUGGAAUCAUGAAGGAGGGCUUCACCAUGUUUAUCGUUACUUGGAUACAGCCCUGUGUGAAAAUGAUAAUCAAUGCUGAUUUAAUAUAUACUGAAUGCUGAUUACUUUGAUUUUUUUUGGACAAUGAUUUAUAAGAAGUAAGUUGACCUUUGUAAGCUACGAAUAAGCUAGCCUGCUGCUUAAGCAUUAGUGAGAUGUAUGUUUGAGAUGAGAUUGAGUGUAUGAGAAUGAAAAGAAAUGGUCAAACAAUUGAAAAUUGCUGAAACCUUUUGUCUAGGGAUGAAUAAAUCCUUUGUCUCCAGGAGUCUGUUUCCUAUUAUGUGAUUCCCUGUUUAAGGUUUCUUAAUUAAGGAUGAAUCUGGACUGUAACAGCCCUCAUUUUCCCCACACAGUCUCUAGAGACUUCUUCAUGUAUAACUGAGGGAAUGUAAGACGCCAAUGUAAAACACUUCUUUUUUGCCAUUGUAUCCAUGCUGUUAGGGAAAACACUUAACCCUGCAGUUGCUUGUAAUUAGGUCAAUAUUACCACAAGACCUGUGGGAAAUUGGCCUUUUUCCCUUCCUUUGCAGUCUCUAGCACUACAGCAGCUGCCGUGCUGCAGCUGUCUUCUUUCAAAUCACUGACUGCCUCCAACAAAUGUUUGAAUGAGAUUCCAUUACAGAUGUGGAAAAAAUGCAGAGAGCUGCAAAAAAGAAGAUUGAUGAAAGUAUGUGUCGAGGAGUGCAUAUGGAAUAAGUGGAUGUUUGUAUUUAUCUGUUUGUAAAGAGUAAUAUGUGGUAGUUAAACACUUUAUUUUGAUUCUGUGCAAUUCUCCCUUAGAAAUCCCCAUGUCACCCUGAGGUGUAUUUAUUUGGUUUGCAUUAGAUGGUGCAUUUGAUGUUUAGUUUCUUCUUAUGUCUUUUUUUUGGUUAAGGUGGUUAAGUCUCUCAUUCAUUUCAUAGAAGUUGUCAUGACAUUUAUGUUGUUUUUCUUUCUCUUCUGUUAUCAAAUCUGUGCCAGCACAUUAUGUAUGAUCAUUUCAUAAAUCGACUAUCCUUGGCAACUGGACCAGAAGAAUAAAAUCCUUUUAAAAUCA